CGUAGGCGAGGAAAUAACGACCCCUGCAGUUGCAUUGCGGAAAAUCUCGGCGGCGGCGCUAGUUGCGGGCGAUGGAAGCGAGGCAACUGGGGGUUCUGGGGAGCCCAGGAAAAUAGCAAAGGACCAGAAAGCGCGCGCGCGACGUGGGGAGCCAGUGGGCCCCCAACGCGCACCAGUUCUCUGAGCCCAGCGGUUUCACUAGGUGUUCUGGAAGCGCGGCCCGAACCCGGCUUGGAGGCGGCAGGCUGCGCGCGGACUUGGGGAGCAGGGAGGGUCGGCGGAGGCUGCCGGUGGCCGGCGGUUUCUGGCAAUAAUCCCUGCCUCUUUCUCUGUCUGUCUGUCUGCUGUGUCUGCUCCUCCCCCCACCCCCGGAAGCAGGAGGAGAACGGCCCCGAGCGGAGAAGCCACCCUCUGACCAUGCCCCGGUGAGGGGAACGGACUUCGAGGGCAACUUGUCGCGGACUGCCUGGGCUUAGCCAGAGGGCUAGGAGCUGCCGGGAGCCCGGAACUGCACGGCGUGGCCCGGCGGGGGGCUAUCGUCUAUGUCUUCUUGGGGCGCCUGGCGGAUCGGGGUCUCGUUUUUGCAGGAAGAGCCCAGCGCUGGUGGCUUCAGGUGGCUGCCGCCGCCGCUGCUAGUGCUGUUUCCACCACUGGUGCGAGGAGCAGAGACGCGCGAGUGGGGAGACCUCCGAGACAGCGAGGCAUCGGACAUGUGUCAGCACAUCUGGGGCGCACAUCCGUCGAGCCUGAGGGGAGAUUUGCCGGAACAAUUCAAACUGCGAUAUUGAUCUUGGGGGUGACUGUCCCUGGCCGGCUGUCGGGUGGGAGUGCGAGUGUGCGCUCGCUCCGGAGUGUGUGUGUGUGUGUAUGUGUGCCGUGUCGGGCACCCCCUUUCCCCCCCUGUUUUCCCGUCGAGUGAUGCACUUGGAAUGAGAAUCAGAGGAUGGAAAUAGUCUGGGAGGUGCUUUUUCUUCUUCAAGCCAAUUUCAUCGUCUGCAUAUCAGCUCAACAGAAUUCACCAAAAAUCCAUGAAGGCUGGUGGGCAUACAAGGAGGUGGUCCAGGGAAGCUUUGUUCCAGUUCCUUCUUUCUGGGGAUUGGUGAACUCAGCUUGGAAUCUCUGCUCUGUGGGGAAACGGCAGUCACCAGUCAACAUAGAGACCAGUCACAUGAUCUUCGAUCCCUUCCUGACGCCCCUUCGCAUCAACACUGGGGGCAGGAAGGUCAGUGGGACCAUGUACAACACUGGAAGACAUGUGUCCCUCCGCCUGGACAAGGAGCACUUGGUCAACAUAUCAGGAGGUCCCAUGACGUACAGCCAUCGGCUGGAGGAGAUCCGGCUACACUUUGGGAGUGAGGAUAGCCAAGGGUCGGAGCACCUCCUCAAUGGACAGGCGUUCUCUGGGGAGGUGCAGCUUAUCCACUAUAACCAUGAGUUAUAUACAAAUGUCACAGAAGCCGCAAAGAGUCCGAAUGGAUUGGUGGUAGUUUCUAUAUUUAUAAAAGUUUCUGAUUCAUCAAACCCAUUUCUUAAUCGAAUGCUCAACAGAGAUACCAUCACAAGAAUAACAUAUAAAAAUGAUGCAUAUUUACUACAGGGACUUAAUAUAGAGGAACUAUAUCCAGAGACCUCCAGUUUCAUUACUUACGAUGGGUCAAUGACUAUCCCUCCCUGCUAUGAGACAGCAAGUUGGAUAAUAAUGAACAAGCCUGUCUACAUAACCAGGAUGCAGAUGCAUUCCUUACGCCUCCUCAGUCAGAAUCAGCCGUCUCAGAUCUUCCUGAGCAUGAGUGACAACUUCAGGCCUGUGCAGCCGCUCAACAACCGCUGCAUCCGCACCAACAUCAACUUCAGUUUACAGGGGAAGGACUGCCCAAACAACCGGGCCCAGAAGCUUCAGUAUAGAGUAAAUGAAUGGCUCCUCAAGUAGGGAACUAAGCCAAGAAGAAUCCCACCUCAGUGAAACGCUCCGACUGUGAAUUGGCGUAACCUAGAAUGUUCCCCUUCUUUCUUCUCUCUCCUUCCUUCCCCCAAGCCUCAUUCACUCUUUGGAUUGGCCCCUUCUUCAUGAAAAUUGUCUGCAAAAACCAUGACCGAGGAACGCAUCUCUCACACACUCCUACACACACAUACACACACACACACACACACACACAAGUGCUCACACAUGCACACACACACACACACACACACACACUACACAUACACACUCAUACAACCUCUGUGAUAGGGAGCCAGUUUCAGAAACAAAAGCCUCCUUCGUAAGAGGUCCUAGAAGAAAAUAACCAGUUAACCCAAUUACAAUUUUGAUACCAUUUUCCUGAAUUAAUAAAUCUACCCGAUGAGACUUUUCAGCCUUUGUACAUACAAGAUUCUUCCAAAAGAGAGAGAGAGGAGAAAACAGCUCUGACGCAUCAACCGGACAUUGCAUCGAGUCCUCUCCGACAGUGUCCUAGGAUCCUUUGAGGAUGCUGGUGACAAUAAACCAGGACAAAGCUGACCAAGGACACUUAUUUCUAGAUAAUGAUUCUUCUGUUUACUCAACGAUUUAAAAAAGGAAAUUAAACAAAGGACAGACACUGAAGAGCUACACAUUGUAUAUAUAUAUCACUGCAGACUAUAAAGAAAUGGAAUUAUUUCCCUCUUUGUCACAUAUCUGUAGUAGGAUUUGCCAAGAUCAGAACUGAUCCAUUUGCUGUUUCUUGUUUUCCAAAGGUCAUACAUUGUGUUUGGUUAUUGUUAACAGCUCAAUAAAUGUGUUGAAUGAGUUGA